UGUAUUAAUUCCAGAUUUGAUCUUAUAAUAAGUGUGUUCAACCUAUAAAUCUUGGAAAAUAGAGAAAGCAUUAAACAGAAUAGUAACUAUAAUUAGCAUCUAAUUUUUCACCUAAUUAUAAUUAGUAACGUUAAAAUCACCUGUUUUAUCACAACCAAAUGUUAGAAACCAAAAAAAAAAAAAAAAAGUAACAAAACCAAAUAAGGAGAGAUUUAACAAUUCCAAAAAUCUUCCAACCACUUUUUUUUUUAACCAGCCCUCUCUCUUCUCUCUCUCUCUUCUUCCCCAAAACUCCAUUUCUCUGCAAAUCCCACACAAACCCUAAUUUUAGUCUCCCCAAAUCUUCAACUCUCACCGCCGUUUCUACCACCGUCAAUGUGGCGGCCGUGGCGUAAAUCGUCGGUCAAAAUUCACGACACAUACUCUCCAACCACCGCUUCCUUUAAAGACAUCCACCAUCUCUGCUCCGACGAUCCACCUUCCUACCCUUCUUCUCCUUCUCCAUCUCCAAAAAACGCUUCUAGAGUUUUCCACCGAGUCCGCGCAGCUAAUUUGAUCCUCAAAUCGUGGCCUACUCGUCAAUCUAAUCAGCUCCUCCGCGCAGAUUCCGAACCUAUCAAUCUACGCCGGAAUCUAAACCUAGAAUCAGAUUCAAAACAAUCGAAGACCAAAACCGAGCCAGAUGUACGGAUUUCAAUCCCAGGCGCAGAGAACAGCAUCGUCGUCUACUUCACAAGCCUCCGUGUGGUUCGUCCAACAUUCGAAGCCUGCAAAUCCGUUACAUCGAUCCUCCAUAGCUUCCCCGUACGAAUCGACGAACGAGAUCUCUCAAUGGACGCGUCAUUCUCCACCGAGCUACAACGAAUCUUCGGGAAGGAUGAAAACCAGAACCAGACGAAGACGCCGAAGCUGCCGCGAGUGUUCAUCGGUGGUCGUUACAUAGGAGGAGCGGAGGAGGUGAAACAGCUUCACGAGAUCGGAGAGUUGAAGAAGCUUGUACAAGAGUUGCCGAAGAUUGAACCAGGGGUAUGUGAGAUGUGUGGUGGUCAUAGAUUCGUACCGUGUAAGGAUUGUCACGGUAGCCAUAAGGUUCAUACGGAGAAGCUAGGGUUCAGAACUUGCUUAACCUGCAACGAGAAUGGUCUCGUCAGGUGUUCUUCUUGUUCAUUUCCUCAUCUCCAGCCUAAUUAAUUCCUAGAUUUUCAGUUUUUUUUUUUGGUUUAAAUUUCUGAUACGAGAAAUUGGAAUAAUUAAAUAUUUGUUUUUAAUCUAAUUUUUCAGAAGUUUCCAAUUUGUAUAAUUCGUAAUGGAAAAGAGGUAGCUUCAGAUUUGUUUUGGAUAAUUAGAUUCGUCAAAAGAAAAACAAAUCAUUAGAUCAUGUGAUGUGAACGUGAUUAGCAGCUAA